CUCUCUCACAGACGCCACAACAGCGACCAGCAUCCCCAGCACAACACCUGCGCUCAGCAUUGUCUGGAUGACAACACAGAGAGGAGAAACCACUACCUUGACUUGGCAGGGAUAGAAAACUACACCUCAAAAUUUGGACCAGGUUCAACUCCAGCGGCCUCCAGGAAGGAGAACCAGGCGAGGGUUUGGCAGCAAGCCAGAUCGCGCUCCCAUGAGCCGGACGCAUCGCACGGCCACCACAGGCGAUCGCAACCCAUCGACCCCGGACACAGCCAUCCUCCCGCACACAGCAGGGCGGUGGAACUGCAGCAACGACUGCGCAGCCAGGACAGCGCCAAGCAUUCGGUUAAAUCGCCCAAGGCUCCGGGUAAAGUCGCCGCGGCGGGAGCGGCCGGCAAGGUGGGAAGGAGCAAAUCCUCGCAGGGUCCUCACGUGCCGACGGCAUCCACUCCCGCGGCAGCGGCGGCAGCGGCCGGCCCGGGUAUCCCGUGUCCACCGGCGCAGCUCGCCCCGCAGCAUCCGCCGGGCCACAGGAAGCACCGGCAGAAGGCCAGGGAGGCCCAGCAAGCCUACAAGACCUUCCAGCCCUCGCCGCGGGUGGCCGAGCAGGAGCACGUGAAGGACCUGCCGUCACUCCUGCUCUACGACGGACAUGUUGGCCGCAUGAUCCAGAGACACGAACACCACCACCACCAUGAACACCACCACCACUACCACCACUUCUACCAGACAUGAACUGGGCCGGAAACCACUGCAUCCAAUUCUGAAAGACUGCGUUUUUUGUGACCACUAAACUAGACAGUAUUGUUAAUGAUAGUUAAAUAUAAGAUGAGCAGAUCGUAACUUUCGACCAUGAAAUCUAAUGAAGUGACACUAAAAGACUUAAGAACAGCUGACUACCUCCAGUUUUAAACCAGAUUUUAUUUUACUUGGCCUGUUAAAUGAGUCACAAGGGGUUUUACUGUUCUGGAUUACUUGUUACCUGUUUGGGUUGUCCACAAUUUCUGUGAUUUAUCAACUGUGUUAAGAUUGGCAUUAAGCCACAUUUGCCAGCUCUUCAGUUAGCGUAAGACGAGGUUGGUUUUAUAUUUUGUUGUGGACUUCAAACCUUGUUUCGAAUUUUUGAAGGGUUAGGGUUCCUAGAAGAAAGGAAUUAUGACGCUGGUGGACAUUAGUGCCGAUAUCUGUGUCUGCGUUUAUUUGUGCAGGAGGGAACUGCAGAUGCUGGUUUACACCGAAGACAGACACAAAAUGCUGGAGUAACUCAGCGGGACAGGCGGCAUCUCUGAAGAGAAGGAAUGGGUGACAUUUCUGGCCAACACCCUUCUUCAGUCUCAAUAGACAAUGGACAAUAGGUGCAGGAGUAGGCCAUUCGGCCCUUCGAGCCAGCACCGCCAUUCAAUGUGAUCAUGGCUGAUCAUCCCCAAUCAGUACCCCGUUCCUGCCUUCUCCCCAUAUCCCCUGACUCUGCUAUUUUUAAGAGCCCUAUCUAGCUCCCUCUUGAAAGUAUCCUGAGAACCUGCCUCCACUGCCCCCUGAGGCAGAGAAAUCCACAGACUCACCACUCUCUGUGAGAAAAAGUGUUUCCUCGUCUCCGUUCUAAAUGGCAAACUCCUUAUUCUUAAACCGUGGCCCCUGGUUCUGGACUCCCCCAACAUCGGGAACAUGUUUCCUGCCUCUAGCGUGUCCAAACCCUUAACAAUCUUAUAUGUUUCAAUGAGAUCCCCUCUCAUCCUUCAAAACUCCAGAGUGUACAAGCCCAGGCGCUCCAUUCUCUCAGCAUAUUACAGUCCCGCCAUCCCAGGAAUUAACCUUGUAAACCUACGCUGCACUCCCUCAAUAGCAACAAUGCCCUUCCUCAAAUUAGGGGACCAAAACUGCACACAAUACUCCAGGUGUGGUCUCACUAGGCCUCUGUACAACUGCAGAAGGACCUCUUUGCUCCUAUAUUCAAAUCCUCUUGUUAUAAAGGCCAACAUGCCAUUCGCUUUCUUCACUGCCUGCUGUACGUGCAUGCUUACUUUCAUAGACUGAUGUACAAGGACCCCUAGAUCCCAUUGUACUUCCCCUUUUCCCAACUUGACGCCAUUUAGAUGGUAAUCUGCCUCCCUGUUUUUGCUACCAAAGUGGAUAACCUCACAUUUAUCCGCAUUAAACUUCAUUUGCCAUGCAUCUGCCCACUCCCCCAACCUGACCCCGUCACACUGCAUUCUCAUAGUCUCUACUCAAAACAUCACCUAUUCCAUCUAUCCUGAGAUGCUGUCUGUCCCGCUGAGUUACUGCAGUUUUCUGUGUCUAUCAUCUGAGUAUAUUUGUUGCUUAAAUUAGGCAACUUCUGAAAAAUGAUCGAAUUGAAUGUUUUGGAACUGAACUUGCGUUUUAGUUCUUUUUGGGCGCUCAAAACUGUGUUGUAUCUCCCCCAGGUUCACUUCAUUCUAACUACAUACUUACAUUGAGUGAAUUAACUAACCUACACCUUGGAUAUAAGUUCCAACUUCCUGCAUCAAUAACUUAUUUUAUU